AUGGGAGGCAUGAAUUAUCAUGUUGAGAUUCUUUUCGAGGAUGGAAUUAGCUGGCUUACCCGUAUCCGAAGGUUUAAUGCUACAUCCCCACCACCAAAGCUACGGGAUUAUAUAAUCGGUAGUGAAGUCGCAACACUACAGUUCUUAAGCAAGACAAACGUUCCUGUACCGAGAGUUUUUGACUUUAAUCUGGAUGAAGCUAAUCCUAUCGGUGUUAGUUAUAUCCUUAUGGAGAAACUACCAGGAAAAUCUUUACGCUGGUCUCUUACUGCUCUGCAGCAGAGGCAGAAAGUUAUUAGCCAACUUGCAGAUAUCUACAUUGAAUUGAAAAAAUUCCCAUUCUCGAUGAUAGGCUCGUUUGAUCCGGAGAACUCUUCUUAUAUUGGCCCUCUUGCAAGGGAGUCUUUGACUGACUUUCAAAAUUCACAAAUGAGAAUGCUUGGGCCUUAUUCGUCUUCGGGAGAAUAUUUCGACACAGAGAUUCAAUUGAUAUUGGAUCUGAUAUUACGUCAAGAAUUAUACGUUGACCGUCCAGUUAAUGCUUUCUUGGUACAUCGUUUCCUCCUAGAAACUGUCUCUAAAGUUUUCUCAAAAAGCCCUUUCGAUGAUGGAAUGUUCUAUUUGAAACAUGCGGAUGAAAAGGGAGAUCAGAUUCUUGUUGAUGAUGACUUCAAUAUCACAGGCAUCAUUGACUGGGAGUGGGCGCAAACAGAUUCAAAAUCAUCAGCUUUCAAUUCGCCUAUUGUCCUUCUUCCUGUUGCCGAUUUUUACAAUGGAACCGAUCAUAUUGGCCAAGAUGAGAUUUUUUUUGCUGAGUGCUUUGAAGAAAAAGGACAUGCAGAUCUUGGGCAGAUAGUCAGAAAUGGCCGGCUUCUCCAUCGGAUCCAAUUUUGUUGUGGAUACGACCUCGAUGAUUGGGAUGGGUUUGUUGGAUUAUUUUUUGGUCUACUCAAAAUGCUUGGCAUCGAAGAGAACUUAAAUUGGGAAAAUUGGAAGGCCAAGGCCUUGGAAAGCUAUCAAGAGGAUUCUCAGCUAAAAGAGCUCCUCAAACUGAGUCAAACUUAA